UUAUAAUGGCCCGGAUAAAGAUUAUGGUUUAGCUGAACCGUUGCCAGAAGAUGUUGAACAGUGAAGAACGAACGGCCAUCGAAGAAAAAACAAGAGACCAGGCCAAUUCUCAAAUUUGGCAUGUUGAACGUCGAAAUCGGCUUACAGCUUCGAAUUUUGGUCGCGUGUGUAAACUUCGACCAACAACAUCAUGCAAAAACACGGUUUAUGACAUUUUAUAUAGGAAGUUUUCUUCAAACGCGACUAAUUAUGGUAAAGAUACUGAACCAGAAGCUAUCGUCGCAUUGGAAAACCAAUUAAAAAUUAAAGUGAAUCCAUGUGGACUUAUUAUUGAUGAAAAUUUUCCUUAUUUAGCUGCUUCUCCUGACGGUAUUGUCGAUGGCGAUUUUAUUGUUGAAAUUAAAUGUCCAUUUGGAGUAAAAGAGUAA